AUGCUUAUCGUCCGUGUUUUCUUGUCCAUUCUCAAUCAGUUCCUGUUCAUUGCCGCCUGCGUUGGCUACAAAAUCGAGCCGGUCUCCAUUCCGGAACGUGAAGUGUUUCCCGACAAUUGGGUGAUCGCAAUCACCUGGCUGGUUGUCCUCUCUUCCAUCAUUUUCAUCCCUGCCUUCAUGCUCUUCCUCCUGCUCACCACAAAAGGAGACUUCUUCCAGGUUCCAGCCUCAUUAACCUUCUGA